AUUGACUGGAACUACGUUCACCAUCGCUCAAGAUCCUUGGCCUCUGUUUUCCAUACGUAUAGGCGAGAUAACACCUUGGAGAUAUAUGUCUAGCCUCUGCGGAAUGGUGCAAGUAAAGGCUAUCACGAUGUCUUGGCCGAUGGACAAUGCCGCUUGGCUGUAUGAUACAAUUCUUGGCCGAUUGUUGCAAUCAUGCGCGGGAUGUAUCUCAGUGCCGUUAUCGUGAACAUAUAAAAUGAAAGGCUGAUACUCAUGGACAUAUUGAUUAAACUCGAAUAUACUGAAGUUAUUACCAGUAUAUCUGGUUAGUGCAUUGGAAUAAUAACCGAUCUGUCAUUGAUUCCGCUGUUGGCCUAUACGAUGGGGAAGGGCUUCUUCAGUCACGAGUCUGAAACUAAGAAUUCCGACGGGUUUCAAGGAACACGAAACCAUAUAUUUGAUGAUUCAGAUGCCGCCGAAUAUUGGGCCAAUGUGUAUGAGAAAGCUCAAUAUGAGGGUCGUCAUCGCUUUGACCCUUCCUUCAUCUGGACUCCUGAGGAGGAGAAGAAAUUAGUCCGAAAGGUGGAUCUGCGGAUUAUGUUCUGGGCGUGGUUAAUGUUCUGCUCCCUGGAUCUGAACCGGAGAAACAUCAACAGGGCAAUCACGGACGAUAUGCUCCCUGAACUAGGAAUGAACACCAACGACUUCAACUACGGCCAAACUAUCUUCUUAGUAUCCUUUCUCGCAGCAGAGCUCCCAAGUGGCCUGAUCAGUAAGAAGGUUGGGCCAGAUAGAUGGAUACCGUUCAUUAUUGUAUGCUGGUCAACCAUAAGUGCUACACAGGCUGCCCUUGCAAACAGGGCAGGCUACUUUGCCUGUCGAGCCCUUCUUGGGCUUCUGAUGGGUGGUUUUAUACCUGAUAUAGUGCUGUGGCUAUCUUACUUCUAUAAAGGGCGAGAGCUUCCCAUUCGACUCAGCUGGUUUUGGACGGCGAUCAGUACUUGCAAUAUUGUUGGAUCCCUCCUUGCAGCGGGAAUUUUGCAGAUGCGUGGAGUCCGAGGAUGGAGUGGAUGGCAAUGGCUAUUCCUUCUCGAAGGACUAGUCACUGCUAUUAUUGGUGUCCUGUCCUGGGGCCUUAUGCCUCCAGGCCCCUGCCAAACAAAGAGCUGGUUUCGAGGUAAAGACGGCUGGUUCAGCGAGCGUGAAGAACUCAUCCUCGUGAACCGACUUCUGCGCGACGAUCCCUCUAAAGGCGACAUGAACAACAGACAAGCAGUUGGCCCAAUUGCACUCGUCAAAUGCCUUCAAGACUUCGACCUCUGGCCCCUCUACCUCCUUGGCCUCCUCAUCUACAUCCCACCCCAGCCUCACGCCAACUAUCUUUCCUACAUCCUCCGGCGACUGGGCUUCUCCACCUUCCAUGCCAACCUGCUCGCCAUCCCCUCCCAAUUCAUGUUCGCUGUAAACCUCCUGAUCAUCACCCGCAUCUCAGACAAGUUCAACGAGCGCGCCAUCGUCGCCUCCACCUCCAACAUCUGGAUACUUCCCUGCCUGAUCGCCCUCGUCGCCCUCCCCGAAUCAACAAGUACCUGGAUCCGCUACGCAAUCAGCACUGUCCUCCUCAGCUACCCAUACUGCCAUGCCAUCCUCGUCGGCUGGAAUGCCCGCAUCAGCAAUACCGUCCGCACGCGCGCCGUGGGCGCCGCGCUGUACAAUAUGUGCGUGCAGGGGGGGAAUAUCAUCGGAAGCAAUAUCUUUCGGGAAGAUGAUAGUCCACUGUAUCGACGGGGAAAUAAGAUUUUACUCGCGAUUUGUUCGUUCAACGUCGUCUUGUUCUAUGCGGUUAAGGCAUACUACGUUUGGAGGAAUCGAACGAGGGAGAGGAAGUGGACGUCCAUGUCGGAGGAGGAAAGGAGUGAGUAUUUACUUACGACGACGGACGAGGGGGUGAAAAGGCUGGAUUUUCGAUUUGUUCAUUAAGUGGUAUUACUAUAGCCAUUUUGGAGUAUUUGGUAAGUAGAGUAGGUCGAGUAGUUCGAGUAAGUAGUAUUUCAAAAUGAAGCGUGGAGUGAUGUUGUAUUGUAUAGAUCUGAUCUCAUCAGAUCAGAUCUAAAGGCUGCGAUAAGAUAAGGAUAAAGAGUUAAACUGCCC